UCUACCCCCCCCCCCCCAGUUCCAAGCUCUCAGCAGUUCUGGCUGAAGUGUCCUCAGGGCAGGACAGCAGCAGGGACAGAGGGACGAAGGCGCCUGCUGACGAGGAGGUCCCUGCCUGUCAAGAUGCCCAUCCUGAAGAGUCUAGGGGUGGCCAACCCUAAGGUGCCCCGGGCGGGGACGCUGCCUCUGAGGUCCUCUCGGAACCCCUUUGAGGAAGUUCCGGGACCGGAAGAAGACGAGGUUGGGGAGCUGGGGAGCCUGCCCAACGGAACAUCGUGUCGCCGCCGUGCCACCCUGGAGAAGCUGGCCGGCCUGGCCCCCUUCCGGCUGGGCUGGACCCCCGGCCGGCGGGCAGGCAGCCCCGGAGAUGGGCAGCCCCGCUCUUUCCUGGGCCGAGUGCUGACACCAGGGAUACGCAGGAGCUCAGCAGAUUUUGGCCUCCUGGCCAGGCUUCAGGGGACCCGAGCCCAGGGCGAUGAGGAGGUGGCUGGGGAGGCCGCCCGGAGACUGGCCUUCCUGAGACUGGGACGCGGGCCCAAGCCCCGCCGCGCGUCACUGGCUGAGAGGGUGGUGCCCGCAGGCGAGGCAGCUCCCGAGCCCCCGCCCAAGGUCCCUGAGCCCCCAAAGAUGAAGGAACCUCUGUCAGUGCUGGAGAUCCUGAGCCUGAUCCAGCAGCGCGAGCUCGCGCGAGCCGACGAGCACAUCUUGGAGCUGGAGGCCGAGGAGCUGGCGUCGUCG